AUGUGGCAAAACAGCCUUAUGGAUUUUGCCCCAGGGAACUUUGACUGCGAGUUUCACCCGACACCCGGUAUCGGCGCUAUACGCAAGUUUAAGAGCAAACCGGUGUUCCAAAUUCCAGUAGUACUAAGAUGCUGGAUAUGUGUUCCUAGAAUACAGCUUACUGUUAGUACUGAGCGAUUAAGCUUUAGUUUAGUGUGCUAA